AUGAAGAAGGUGGCCCGGGUCAUCACUGAGAAGUAUUACACACGCCUGGGCAACGACUUCCAUACGAACAAGCAUGUGUGCGAGGAGAUGGCUAUCAUUCCCAGCAAGAAGCUCUGCCACAAGAUUGCAGGCCAAGUCACCCAUCUGAUAAAGCAGAUUCAGAGAGGCUGGGUGAGAGGUAUCUCCAUCAAGCUGCAGAAGGAGGAGAGAGAGAUGAGAGAUAAUUAUGUUCCUGAUGUCUCAGCCCUGGGUCAGGAGAUCAUUGAAGUAGAUCCUCACACCAAGGAAAUCCUGAAGCUUUUGGACUUUGGCAGUUUGUCCAACCUGCAGAUCACUCAGCCUACUGUUGAGAUGAAUUUCAAAACACCACAUGGAGCUGUUUGA